AUGGGGAAAGGGAAGAACAAAUCGAAUGAGGAUAGACUGAACAAGAAUAGAACUUCCAAUGGUCACAAAGCGAAACAGCAUCACAUACGAAAGGGGAGACAAGAAGUAGCAGCAUCAAGUCCUGUUCUUGUAGACUCAUCAGAUGGCAUAAACCAACCACAAUCCAAACACAAGUUCCCCACCAAGCUUGCCAUGUGGGAUUUCGACCAUUGUGAUCCUAAGAGGUGUAGUGGUAAGAAACUAGAACGAUUAGGUCUCAUAAAGAAUCUUCGUGUUGGUCAAAAGUUCCAAGGAAUAGUAGUCAGUCCCAAUGGUAAAUCUACUGUUUGUCCUAGUGAUAGAGAUAUUGUCGAGGAAAAUGGAGCUGCAGUAGUGGAGUGUUCAUGGGCAAGAUUGGAUGAAGUACCCUUUGGCAAAAUUGGUGGAAAGCAUGAACGUCUUUUACCAUAUUUGGUUGCUGCAAACCCAGUCAAUUACGGACGCCCUUGGAAAUUAAACUGUGUUGAAGCGCUAGCUGCUUGCUUUGCUAUAGUGGGCCACUUGGACUGGGCUGAACUCUUGCUUGAAAAUUUUUCAUGGGGAUUGACAUUUUUGAAAAUUAAUGAGGAGUUGUUACAAGUGUAUCAGCAAUGUACCGAUUCAGAGUCGGUGUUGAAAGCACAGGAUGAGUGGUUGGAUAAGAUCGAAAAGGAGGCAAAGGAGAGAAAAGCGCAAGGACAAAAGGAAGAUAUAUGGAUGAUGGGUAAUGUUAAUAGAAAUAAUGGUGGAUUAGAUAGCAACGAGGAGGAAGAAGAAGAAGAAGAAGAUGAUGGUGACGAGGAAGAUGAUAGCGAAGUGGAAUACGAUAAUUUGGGAAACGUGAUACCAAAGAAAAAGACUGAUGCCCUAGGGAAUAUUAUAGACGAUGCAAAUGAUGAAAGUGAACCCGAGUAUGAUGCAUUGGGCAAUGUCCUACAGAGUGAUGAUGCACUGGAUACAGAGUCUGAAGAAGAAGCUGUUUAUGACAAAUUGGGAAAUAUUGUCACCAAAAGCGAUUUAACUAACCAGCUAAACUCAGUCAGUAUAUAG